AUUUAAUAUCACGUGUAGUGUCUGGUAAAAAAAUGUGUAUUCAUUCAGAGGCAGCAACGCUUUAUUAUUUGUUGAAAUGCUACUUUAACAGACAGUUUGUUUUAAGCAUUCUGGAAAUAUCAACGUAUUCGCUUUAAUAUAAAUAUGACUUCUGUAGGAUCAGACCAUCACCAUGGCAAUGAUGACAGAAAAGGCAGUUUCCUGGACUUUAAAUUGAAACGCCGUCGUGUGAGUGAAAUAGUGUCCAGUGUGGAGUCUGAAUUGACAGUCGCAUUCGAUUUGGAGGUACACAGCAAUAUGAGUAGCGAAAGUGGCUACGGGUCGCAAAGCGAAGGGACGCCGACUAGAGUUCCUGUCCUGAUUAGUAAAGGAAAUCAAAAACUUUCAAAUGGGGAGGAAGACUUAAACGGGAAUGGUUUCAUUUUCGGAAUGGAAAACUUAGAUGGCAUUACUAAGGCUCACAUUGCCAAAAUGAAGAUGCCACAAUUUGGAAACCAACUAGUCAUGCCCCCUGUACAUUCAAGGGCGGAUGGUACACCAACAAAUAUGCACAUGGGAGUUGCAUACCUUGGUUUGAUGAAAAAUGUGGCCCAGCAGGGCCUACAGGACGGAAAAGAUUUGAAAAUGGGUUUGAUUCCAAUUGUCUCGUCAAAAAAGGGUAUGAUACCUUUAACCACACAAGGGCUUUCUGCUUGUACAGGGUCGGAUAUGCCGAAAGGUGUUCAGCCAUUGUUUUUUACUUCAAUGCCAAAUGGAUUCAUGGUAAAACCAAAUGACACCAGUUCAGAAAAUGGAAAAAAGUCACAUCAGAUGGAAAGCACACUUGGAAAGCACAAGCUGAGUCAGCCAGAUUCUAAACCCUGCAAAAAGUUUUUGACAAAAGAAUCGGAGUCUGAGUUUAUCGAGCAUUACACCAAUGGGAUGUUUGAAUAUCUUGGACAUUUAGGUCGUUCACAAUCAUCACAUGCAUGCUAUGUAUCAAAGAGCGGUUCAUCUUUUGACACAGAACGAAAGUCGGUUACGAAAGAAAACAUUGCCGACUUGACAUAUGAUAACAAGUACCCCAUGGUAUGCGGGAUAUGUAACGAUCGCGCUACGGGGCUGCAUUACGGGAUCAUAACCUGUGAAGGUUGUAAGGGAUUCUUCAAGCGCACGGUACAGAAUCGGCGCGUGUAUACGUGCGCUGGGAGUGACGGGGAAUGCGAGAUAAACAAGACCCAACGGAAUCGCUGUCAAUAUUGUCGCUUCAAGAAAUGCCUGCAGGCUGGAAUGGUCCUCGCUGCUGUGCGUGAGGAUCGUAUGCCAGGGGGACGUAACUCUGGGGAGGUUUACAAUCUCUAUAAGGUGAAAUACAAGAAGCAUCGACGUAGGGACGAGACCAAAGUCAGUAAGGAAAAAGUAGCGUACAUUCACAGACAGGAUCAUCAAAUAAAAGUCGAGCCAGUAAGGUCUCAUGUUCGGUAUGAAAAUGUGCUUCAUGUGCCCCAUUAUGGGGCUAGUCGACCAGGGGGUAACAGAGCAAUGAGCGUCGGCUUUUUGGGUUCACAUGUCUCAUAUUCAUCAAAUGGUUUGACCAAUGAUUAUACACCAUUGUCACAAAUGCAUAUGGACACCAUGGGGCCAUGUAUGACGUCAAGCACUGACAAUCGUUACCAAGGUAGAGCGCAAUCGAUGGACACAGAUUUGUUAGUUUCAUCGGGUUUGUAUCCAAGAAUGGAUCCUCGGAUCAGGAACAACGAUAUAGACUUACAGAGCUGGUACAAUGCGGGACAUAUAGCAUCAGAUUCUGCUUGUGCCAUGCAGGGUGAUUUUAUAUCUGCUAGUCUCAGAUAUCAAAAGGAUACGCCAAGCCAACAGAGCUUCAAUGAGGACAUUCAACAACGUAAGCUUGAACUGUUUGAAAACACUCUUUAUGGUUACAAACCAAAUAACAAUCAAUCCUCAGACUCACAAAGUUCUGAGAAUGCUUUUACAUACUUUGUGAACAAUAUCCAGGAAAGAAAUGAAGAAAAAUCAGAAAAGGCACUCUUCCCAAUAUCAAACACAUGUAAUAAGUGUUCACAUGAUAAAACAAGGUUCUGCAGGUGUAGUAACUCUCAAAAAGAGGAUCAUCAUUCAGUGCUUCGCCAUACAUUAACUUGUCCCGAGGAAGAGGCUGAGAAACUAUUUGCACAGUCAUCAUCUCAAAUAACAUCCUGCUUAACGGAUAAACAAUCACAAAAACUAUUCUUGACGAGUGAAUCUUUGUCGAGCCCCAUUCCCCUUAUCGGAGACUUGAUGAGGUGUGAUAUGAAACUAAAAGUCACAGAACUGUAUAAUAUUCCCGAACUUAUGGACAAAAAAAAUGAAGAUGUGACCAAAAUUCUUUGUGACCUUGGUGACAAAGUUGUGGGAAAACUCGUUCAAUGGACCAAAACUUUGCCAUUUUUCAAAGAAAUUCCGAUCGAAGUUCAUUCGGAACUUUUGUCCAAUCGAUGGCAAGAGUUAUUGCUCUUGAUUACAACUGCUCAUCGAGCAAUCUACGGGACCAAAGAAGAGACGAUGUCGCUGGAAGGGAUGUAUUCAUACAACAUGGGAAAAUUGCAGUACUAUCUAGAACACCUAUUCAAGCGUGAAUUUACGGAGUCGAAGUUGGAUGCGGAACUAGGAGAGAUAAUGCGGCACAUAACGACGCUCAUGCAGGCGUUCGUUAACAUGAAUCUCACGCUCCAAGAGUAUGUGUGUCUACAAGUGAUUCUUCUCCUCAACCAAGGUGAGGACUCGGAGGUGGAAGUUGUGAGCAAACUGCAGGAUCGGUACUGUAUCGCCCUGAAGGAGUUUGUCAACGAGACGAGCCCUGGUCAGCUGAAACGGUUCUCCAAGCUCAUUCAAUGCCUACCCCAGGUUCAGACAGCUGCUGCUUUGCUCAUGAACAGCAAAAUGAUCUACAUACCCUUCUUUCUCAAUUCAUGAACAGGCUGUCAUUAACAGCAAUACGAUAAAUACUACUCUUUUUCUCAAUUCAUAACAAGAUGUCUUGAACAGCAAGAUGAUCUACAUAUCCUUCUUUCUCAAUUCAUGAACAAGAGGACAUGAACAGAAACACCUACUAUUUUUCAUAAUUCAUGAACAGCAAGCUGUUGAUCAUCUAUCAACAAAAGUUUUUAUUUCUCAACUCAGAAAGAUGAUUUACAUUUUCUUUAACUCAUGAACAGCAAUGUGAUAUCUAUUCAUGAAAAUCAAAUUACACAUGUACAUGUACAUGUAUAAUCAUCAGGCUAAAUACCUUCAACUCAUGAACAGAAUUUGUAUGCCACAAUCCAUAAACAGCAUGAAUCAAGAACAGCUAGUCUUAAUGUAAAUACUCAGAAUUACUUCAUUUUAAAAAAAGAAGGUGAUUUUGCAACCUAGAUUUAAAAACAUGCUGUGGUUAUGAAGUGUGUCAACUUGUCGUUGCUGUUGUUGUUCUUGUUGUUGUGCACAAUUCAAAGUUAAGUUUUAUCAUUUUAACCUGGGUAUAAAGUAUGAAUUCAAAUAAGCAGUGUGUUUGAUAUAAUUCGCUUUGUAAGCAAUGAUAAAUAUCUUAACCAUGUAAACAUAAUUUAAAUUGUUAAAUUGGCCGAUUUUGUGGUGCAUAAGUGAGUACUUACUUCAGAACAUAAGACAACUUAUACAACUGAUAUAGUAAAUAACUGUUAAAAAGGGAAAAAAA